UUCCGUUAUGUAGAAAAUGCGUAGUAACCGUGUAGAGUUAAUUAUAGACUAUUGUUUUUUUCGGUUUGACAACACAUUGUACCGUGUGCUGUUUUGUUGCUCUUGCUAAAUAAAGUUGCUAACAACAACCCCACACACACACACGUACACACAUACGAACACACGAAUGUGCUGCUGCGAAGCAAAAAGUGUAGCUUAAAACGGUCGAAAUAUUCAGUGAAAACUCAGUAUAAUCGUAUAAUCGAAGACGAAGUCCGACUCAAAUUUUUUAGAGUGUUUAGUGGUUUAGUGUCAGAGUGCGUAAGGCAUACAGUGACCAAGAGAGUGAGAAAAAGUGGAAGUGUAAAGAGUGCAAUGACAACGUCGACAGUUAAGCGAUGCCGACGAUCGUCGCAAACGACGAGCGGUGAUGCGGUUCCCGCUGAGGAUGUCGAUGAUGAUGUGAUGACCGAUACCAACAGUCCCAUGCACACCAGCAACAGUCUGUCCAAACGGGACUCCGAGGAGGAUGCCUGGGCAUCCAAGGGCUACAACUACAUCAAUCCCUUCGUGCAUCGCCUCGAAAUCGACAGUCACAUUGAGGUGGCCAAGAUCUAUGUGCUGACGGUUCUGUUGCUUCCCAUUCGUGUGGUCGGAUGCGUGCUCUCCCUUCUCUCUGCGUGGAUGUUCGCCUGCAUUGGGCUCUAUGGAAUGACGCUGGAUGAUCUCAAGGCUAAGCCGCUCUCCGGCUGGCGCAAGCAAAUGCAAUACAUGACGGCCAAGGCCAUGCGCAUGCUGUACACCUCGGGAUCUUUUCACCACGUGAGCAUGAAGGGGACACCGGCGACACCAAAGCAGGCACCCAUUCUGGUGGUGGCACCGCACUCCUCCUACGUGGACUCCAUUCUGGUGGUGGCCACCGGCCCCCCCUCGAUAGUGGCCAAGCGCGAGACGGCAGACAUACCGCUGCUGGGGCGCAUCAUAAACUACGCCCAGCCGAUCUAUGUGCAGCGCGAGGAUCCCAAUUCCAGGCAAAACACGAUACGGGACAUUGUGGACCGGGCCCGCUCCACAGACGAUUGGCCGCAGGUCGUCAUCUUUGCCGAGGGCACUUGCACGAAUCGCACGGCUCUGAUCAAGUUCAAGCCGGGCGCCUUCUAUCCGGGCGUGCCGGUGCAGCCAGUGCUGCUCAAGUAUCCGAAUAAAUAUGACACCUUCACCUGGACCUGGGACGGACCCGGAGUCCUACGUCUCCUUUGGCUGACGAUGACUCAGUUCUACAAUCGCUGCGAGGUCGAAUACCUGCCCGUCUACCAGCCAAACGAAGCCGAGAUGGCCGAUGCCAAUCUCUACGCCAAUAAUGUGCGCGAGGUGAUGGCCAAGGCUCUGGGUGUGCCCACGUCGGACUAUUCAUUCGAGGAUGUGAUCAUAAUGAGUCGGGCCCGUGACAUGAAGAUUCCCUUCCCCGGCGACAUUGUGGAGAUCGAGCGGACCAUCGAUCAACUGGGACUGCUGGAGAGUACACGGGAUGCGGAGUUGUGCGCGAAAUACUUGAGCUUGUCCAACACGGACAAGCUGGACAUCAUCACCUUUGCGGAGCUGCUUCAGGUGGACCUGAAGAACCCGAGUUUGCACAAAUUGUUUGCCCUUCUGGAUCAUCGUCGUCGUGGCACAGUCUCGCUGAAAAGUUUUCUCCUGUGCUCGCUCUUCAGCAAAUUGAAAAACGCCGACCUGUCGACCUUUCUACGGGCACUGAUCAAUCUUUAUAGCGAGUCGAGUGAGAAAAUCAGUAGGGACAGCUUCGUGCGUCUGAUGCGGCAUGCUGGUGGCAAGCUGAACGAGCAGAAGGCCCAGGUGCUCUACUAUGCGCUGGAUACCGCCAACAUCGGCUACGUCUCCUUCGAUUCCUUUGUAGAGUACACGGAAAAGCAGUCGAACUACAAGUUUCUCUACCACAAAUCGGAGCACAUAAGAAGAUCAAAGACGACCGUCGCAAGCAACCCCAACUAAAGCUGGACCUUUAAGUUAUUUCAAAAUCUAAGCAAGAAGUAAGAAGCAAAAAGUUGAGAGCAAAAUACAGCAUAGGAAAUACGUAAGGAGUUUGAAGAAUGUUAGAGAAAAGCCCAACCAACAUAAGCAGAAAGUGUCGAGUGUAUAUUUUUAAUAUUUAUUUACCGUGUAGCGCGUGUCAUGGCACCUAUAAUUUGUACGAUUAUUACCUUAAUUAUUUUUUCUUAUAUUUUUUAUGUUUGUAACAAUGCUCACAGCGGCAAAGAGAUCUGGAUCUGUUAAGCGGCUGGCCUUGUUAUUAUUUAUACAUACUCUGACUCUUAACGCAAGUCAUUUCAUCUUUGUGAUUUUUUUUAUAUACACACAAACAAAAACCCUUACGUUACAUCUAGGCGUUAUAUAUACACUUAAAUAUAAACAAAAACCUAUAUAUAUAUAUAUAUAUAAAUGUCUAUGUAGAGGCAGGCUAACGUCCAACGUAAUGGAUCGGCAAACGAUUGUAUUCGAUUUGCCCAGUGCCCAUUGAAUGUUUUCCAUUGCAAAGAACUCGUUUACAAGUAUACAUAAAAUAUUGCACGGCAAGCCAUAAGUAUAAGACUAUGUACCAUGUAGGUGAGGCACAUCCCAAUGACACAGACCAGACUUGUGUAAUUUCGGAGCCGAAUGCCUCAUUUCGGAUCCCCCACACAGCCCAGCCCUAAAAUGGAAACAAAAUUGAACAACCAUCUAGCACACUAUAAACUAGAAUUUAUGAAAAUUUAACCAUUGAAAAAUCUGUAAGAUCUGUACUGUACUGAUCAUAAAUCCAACCAACUCCCGAAAGGACCAACCCAACUGAAUCGAACAACCACACUUGUUGCUUGAUUUUUAUUGAAAUUGGCUAUUUUUUGCCUAUAUUUAUUCGUAUUGCACUCACCAGAUGGAGACCUUAUUGGAAAACAAGGCAUUGUGAGUGUGAGAAAUAUAUGAAACAUGAAUUACUAAAGAAUUCGGCACUGUGCUAAGAAAAUUUAAACAUCCAUUGAAAUUCUAACAUUGCCAUAACAGAAAAUUCUUUAUUCUGUAAUGUCUAAUAAGAGCUUCAAUGGCUUCAGAGAUAACCAUCCUAUCCGGAAGAACAGGCUAUCAGACCUACCACCAUUAUGCGAAAUCUGUUGUCAACACGGUCUUACGUUCGUUCUCUAGUUCCUAUCCAUAAUAUGGCAGAAGCUACAAUAAUAAUAAUAGUUUCCUGUGCAUUUGUAACUAAUACAGAAAACUUAUCUAGACUUUAGAGCGGCACCUAGCACAGCGCAUAGCCUGAACUUAAACCAAUCACUUCCUAGUUUACCCGAAACAGAGUCUAUGCUAUAAAUGACCAAAAAUAACAACGUGUACUAUGUAAUUGCAAAAGUAAACUGGCCACAAAACAACCAAAUGUAUCCCAUUGAAGGGAUCGCGUCCCUUGCGUCCCUUUCGAAGGAGCCAGGGGCAAGGCAAGGCAAGCAGAACUCCAUAGUUUUUACAUUUUAAAGUAAAACUAACCCUAGGCUAAAUGAUGUUAUUUAUGUGCAAUUAUAAUGGAUAUUAUUAGAAACCUAAGCCGGCGCCGAGAGCAAUCCGAUUGGGAUCAGUAUCGGUCGCGUUCUGUAUUCCACGUCCACCAAAUCGGUUGAGAAAUAUGCUCAAAAAAUAUAUAUAAAUGUGUAUCUGAA